AAACAAGAAAGACGAAGGUGUGAAAAUUUGUUACAAUAAUUUCGUUGUAGUUUUUCUACCGAUCGACUUGCUACAUUUUACAAGUGGCCUAACUGUUUAAUUCUGCGAGAGACUAGCAAGAAUUGAAAAACGAUUUUGUUGAUGAUACCCGUCCGCCACGGAAUAAAUUACAAUAAAUCAAACAGUGCGCGAAGGUUCUUUGACCUUCUUUUAUCUUCCCUACUCACCUGUGCAGCAAAAUUUCUCAAUGCAUUUACCAUCGGCCAAAACUAAUGUGAAUCAUCAAUAAAUUGUGUAAAAUCGUAUAAUGUUCGCCGAAUGGGCAUCUUUGUCGCCGAUCAUUGCUGCUAACAGCAAUGGGGCCCAAUCGAAAAGUGUUUUGAAUAAAUUCUCGGGACCAGCUGGACGUGAAGUAACUAUUGCCGUAACAAAACAAUUGGCCGCUAAUCUGGGAUUCACGCAACCAGCCGAACCAAGUUCGUUAGCCAAUGACGAAGAAGUGCUGUGGUGCAUGGAUGUGAUUUGUCACGGUCUUUCGUUACCGCUUCACGAUCACGAAACCAUUCGUGAUUGUGUGAAUGUUUACUGUGAUUGGCUAACGGCGCUGAUGCCAAAUCCACGGAUCACGGUACCGAAACCGAUCUGUGACGACGCUAACAUUUACGCGAGAAAAAUCAUAAAUCAUUUCCAUAAUUUAUUCGUACCGAGACCUGGUGAAGUCUGGCCGUUUAUUUAUCGGGAUGAUUUGGGUGCCGAUACCAUUAAUCGACAAGCAGUUAUUUGUCAUCGAGUGCUGCGAACUCUGCAACAAGUAGCCCAAAGUUCCCAAAUUCUCACACAGGACACAUGGGAAUCGUUGUUGUUGUUUCUACUAGCAAUAAACGAAGUGCUGUUGGCUCCACCCGUCGUCAAGGACGAUGUCGGCGAUCAGUUGUGCGAACGGGUGCUGAGCGUUUUAUUUGAGGUGUGGCUGUUGGCCUGCGUUCGAUGUUUUCCGUCGCCCAGUUUGUGGAAAACAUUGCAAGAGUCGUGUUUCUUGUUACGUCAUCGCAUUGCACUGAUUGAACAGUGGAAUCGGGUUAACAUUGCCUUAACAGCACGAUUGCUUGAAUUCACUUAUGGAUCAUUGUUCCCCGAACUGAAGAUUUUGGAAGAGGACGCUCAGCUCAUACCGCCGAUGAACAAUGAUUGUGUCGCUCAGACGUGGUAUCGUCUGUUACGAACCAUUGGAUCGCCGAUUGCAUUGUGUUCACCGCAAGUUAUCAGCAAAACACCACAGUUCGUUCAGUGGGCGGUUACUCGAACGGAUGGACAAGAGCCCCAUCAGCAUCCAUGUCUGCUAAUAUUACCACAAAUAUUUUUGAAGGCAAUGAAAGGUGUUGCCAGUCAGGUGGACGCUUUUCUAGGUAUUUACCAGGGCGUUGUUAGUACCGAAGAUGUAGUGGACAAUGCUGGUACGAUUUCAACGCGAUAUUCGAUCAAUGAUUAUCGGUUCCGUAGCGAUGGUUUAGUUGGUAAUGUGCAUAGUAAUAGCAGUGUUGUUGGUGGUGGUGGUGUGACUGGCACUGGUACGGGUGGUAUGGCAUCUAGUUCAUCUAGCAUAAUAUCGGAUGUACCGCAUUCACCAACGCCUCCAUUGCAGCGACGAUUGGCUAAAAGUUUUAGCGUUGCUCCAUCUAGUAAUCAGAAUAAGGGUUUAGCAAAAGGAUCAUUAGCUGGGCUAACUAGUAGUCGAUCGUCUGUAACACAACAGCCAACGUCAACAACAACAACAACCACUACAACAACAAUCAUCUCGGGACCACCCACUAAUUUUUCAUCCAUUAGCAACGAGAGUCGGCCACCGUUAGCGCCAUUCCGUCCAAAAUGCAAUAGCAUUCUACACCUAUUCGGCGAAUGGUUAUUCGAAGCUGCACUAAUCGGUGGUGACGCUUGGUUACAGAAUACCAGAAAAGAAGCAACUGAAGCCAGUCGUCGACCGUCCUCCAUCAUCAUGGAUAAUCGGAAAGGAAGUCUGUCACUAUCUCAACCAUCAUCUCUAAAUGAAUCUGCCGACGUACCAACCGGUCUAUCAAUCGAUAAAUACGAAUCAGGUCGAGCCGAAGCGAUCGGUGCGCUGUGUCGAAUAUUUUGCGCCAAGAAAACGGGCGAAGAAAUUCUGCCAGUGUAUCUUGCACGCUUUUACACCGCUCUUCAUCAGGGGCUAACUAUCACCGAUCCGAAAGAAUGCGACGAGUCGCUGGCAAGCAUUCUGUACAAUUCGUCGGAUCUGUUUCGCGUGGAUUUGGACGGGAUUCAGGUGCUGUUGCCAGCGUUCAUUAGUGCAUUGGAACUGGUGCUGCCCGAAAAGAAUUUGAAAAUCAAAUCGACUACAACGUACAACAAAACCGAAUUGCGUCGAGCUUCGAUCAACAUUUUGUUGUCCAUUUUGGCACUGCCGUUGCAUUUCCAAACUCUACCAAUCAGAGAUUUACUUAAUGGUCCGGCUGAUAAAUCGACCACAUUCGCACAACUGAAGCCUCGUUUAAUCAAUGUUCUGAUGAAUGCUCUGCAAGUUGAAUCGGACGAAAAAAAUUCGCACAUGUUGUUGGGUGGUUUGUUGCUCUGCGUGCAAGAUUCGGCAGCAUUCGAAGAGACCGAGACCAACACCGAUUUGUAUCAAUCGUCACCAGCGCCGAGUGACGCAAAUCUCUUGAGUUCAGCUUGUUCCGAAAAGAGUGGUUGUUCAAUCGCAAGCGGAUCGAGUCUUGGUGGUCACAGUGCAAUGGGCAAUGAUUUGCCCAGUCUAACUAUAUCGGAAGACUUUCCAGCUGAUUUUUUCCAAGAACUUGAUAUGUCAUCAGUUUAUGACAACGCUCAUGCACUUUUCGUACGUGCCACAUAUUUAGUUUGUCAUCGUUUGAUAUCAUCGUGGAAAACUGAUUUGAAUGUGUCUCUUGCCGCGUUAGAGCUGCUGUGCGGAUUGGCUCGAUUGCAUAUAAAAGAUUCGGCGAGGAAAUGGUCAGACGCUCUAGAAUGUAAACGUGCAGUUAAGUGGAUUUGCGACUACAUUUGCUAUCAAUGUUCACGGCCUCCGCCUGCUCACAGCAAAGAUUUGCACAGCACAAUUGUAGCUGCCUUCCAGUGUGCUUCAGCAUGGUUGAUGCAGCAUCCAUAUCUUCUGCAAGACAAAGAUUGUUUAACAACAGUAUUGGAGGUGGUUGAAUUAGGUAUAUCGGGAUCUAAGAGUGCUGCAAAACCGGGUGAACCAGUCAAACUGAAGGAAGAAAAAGAAUUGAAACCGGUGUCGAUGCGUGUCAGAGACGCUGCAGAAGCUCUGCUGACUAUAAUAUUAGAGCAAGUCGGCUAUUUCCCCAGUGAAUGUGGACCACAAUCGUCGUCGUCGCUUCUCGAUGAGCUGUCAUUAUAUAAAUACUGCGAUUCCAAUCCAUCCGAGAAUGUUACACACGAGCAAGCGGUUCAAAAAUUCAAAUAUUUUGUGACCGAAAAUUCGACCAUUAUUGCGUUACUCGAGGAACCGCUUGGUAAUGAUCAAGAUCCGCAACCGACAGUAACACUUUUGAUUCGAGGUCCAUUCGGUCGACAUGCCUGGACUAUGCAACUGAGACAUUUGCCGCGGAGUAAAUCUGGAACGAAAUACCAUUCACCGAAUCCUAAUCCUGGACGUCCUGUGCCCAUGAACGAUAUGCCUCAACGUCAGGAAGUGGAGCAGAAGUUUUUCCCCGAUGGUGUCGACCGGAUUCCGUCUUGUGUGGCUGACUAUUCCAUUCCAACUUUAGAUCAAGUAAUCCAAAAGAUCGGAAACGAUUCUACAAAGAAACUGUUCCAGCUGCUUGAAAGUCAAACAAUUUUCGAAAAGUUGGCAUGGGCAGAGACUGAAAGCUCAACGGAUAGCCUGAGUCAUGCUCAAGAAUCGGUACCACCUGCAAUUUGUCAUGAAUUCCAAGCAGCUCGUUUGUUUUUGUCGCAUUUCGGUUUCCUGUCGAUUGACGAAUCCGAUGGAAAUAAGAACAAUAAUGCGGUUGAAACUCCGCCUCAGCUCACUGUUUUAGAUGCCACUAAGCCCGGUUUCGCCGCUGAUCUUCUGUCACUCGACCGAUUAAGUCCACGCAGUAAUGAUACACUUCACGUGUUCUAUGUUAAAGCGGGGCAGUCCAAUGCACAGGAAAUUGUUGACAAUAUGUCGGACAGUGUGAGCAAUACGUUGGAUCAACAUUUUUGGAACCUGUUGCUUAGCCUAGGAAAUGCGGUGAAUGUGGAUGAGCAUGCUGGGUGGACAGGAUUCGUGAACAGUAGUUGGAAGAUUAAAUCGUCUGCUCCUAAUCCCAACAAAGGACUGAAUACGGGAAUUGAUCGUAAGUUCAACGGGGAGAAGCGAAUCCUUUACUGGGCAGACGUUACAGCUGAAAUUGCAUUCGUUGUUCCAACGAAAUGGAAUAAAUUUGAAGACUGUCCGGAUGGAAGUUGCUUAUCCAUAGCUUCGUCUUCAUCAACGGACAGCGAUAAAUCUCACAAUAAUCCGAAUAAUUACGAGAGAAGUGUAAGCGUUGUACCGCAAACCGGACCGAAUAAAACACCAAUAGGCCAGAAGCCAAGGACUCUAUCGCUAGAAUUGGAUAAAAGUAAAAUGCAGAUCACCACGUCAACCGGUAGCGAACCGGUAGCACCAACUAGACGGCGAACCGUUGCGUCCAAGCCAGCAUUGUUAAGCCAAACCGGAGCAAAGAUUUUCUUAGUUUGGCUGGAAAGUUUCGAGGAUCACUUGACACUUCCCAUUGAGGAAUUGUUGUUGUAUAGUAAAACUGGCGAAGAGUCCCAAUCCGGCAUCGUACCUAGAGCUGGCGAUGUGCAUGUCAUAUUUUUGCAUGCUCUGACUUCUGGCUUACUUAGAGUUAAAUUGCAAGGACCUUCCGGCCGAAUGAGCUUUGCGACACCGUUGAUCGAUGGAAUGGUAUUGAGCAAACGUAUCGUGGGCAACUUGGUGCGACAGACCGUUUACAAUUUAGCCAAACGAAAACGGCUCGAAAAUGAUUUAUAUCAACCGCCUAAUGUGAGGAGACGAAUAAAGGUUCAGGACAUCGCUCACAAGUAUAAUUUGGUGUUGACCGAAUACGAACUUUUGGCGCAUUUAUUUAAAUCGAAUUUAAAUUCCGUUUAAUUUCACUUCAAUAUUAUAGAUAGUUUUUAGGCAACUAACUUAUUAUUUUUGUCCGUUCCAUUUACAUUAUUUAUCUCUAUUUUACGAUUAUUAUUUAUAACUAAAAGUGAACUUUUAUUUUCAUCAUAAAUAAAGAGACCCAGCAAUGCUUUCAAAGCA